GGACUCCAUGGAAACGGCUGACUGGCGUGCUGCUAGCCUGGGAGAGAAGAAGCAAAGCAGCUAGCUAGUUAUCGUCAGUCUGGAUACUCGGAAUCCCGACAGACUCGGCUGAAAACACUUGAGUUGACUUUCUGCAAUGAUGAGUCGCACUCCCGAUGCGAGAGCGAGGGACAACCAGACAAGAAAGAUCCAGGAAAACAUCACCAAUGUGGAGAAACAUUUUGGAGAGAUGUGCCAAAUCUUUGCUGCCUAUGUCCGCAAAACAGCCAGGCUACGGGACAAGGCGGAUGUCCUGGUUCGGGAAAUAGGAAUGUAUGCGGACACAGAAACGCCAAACCUGAAGAGUGGAUUGAAGCAGUUUGCUGACCACCUGGCCAAGGUUGAGGACUACCGCCAGGCCGAGGUGGAAAGACUUGAGGCCAAAGUCAUAGAGCCAUUGAAAAGCUAUGGAGCUGUAGUGAAACGUAAAAGGGAGGAUCUGAAGGCGACUCAGAGUGCCAGAGACAGAGAGGCCAAACAGAUGGCUCAGCUUGAGAGAACCAGGCAGAGAAACCCCUCAGACAGGCAGAUCAUUUCUCAGGCUGAAAGUGAGCUCCAGAGAGCCACCAUGGAUGCCACGCGGACCACCAGGCAGCUGGAGGAGACCAUAGACGAGUUUGAGAAGCAGAAGAUCCGGGACAUCAAGAAAAUCUUUGGCGACUUUGUGACAGUGGAGAUGGCGUUCCAUGCCAAGGCCUUGGAGGUGUACACCUUGGCCUACCAGAGCAUUCAAAGUGUGGAUGAGGAGGAGGACCUGGAGGUGUUCAGGAGUUCGCUGCACCCCCCUGACUACCAGUCACGCUUAGACAUAGUGCGAGCUAAUUCCAAAACCUCCCUCGAUCGGACCGGCUCCUUCAUGAGUACAUCAGGGACUUUACAGCAACAAAGGGCUCGGCAGACAAGAAGAGAGGAGGAGGAAGAGGAGGACGAAGAGGAUGAAGAUGAAUCUGAAGAGGAGGAGGAUGAUGAGGAUGAAGAGGAGGACACGGACGAUGAAAAUUAAUGUGUGUUUUUAUUUUUGCUCAAAUCUCGCUUUUGUGUUUGUCUGUAUGGAACAAAGGUGAUAUCGGAAGUUGUGUAAGUGUUUAACUGUCUUGUGAAAGCAAGGCUGUGUCAUUGCCAAAAUCACCUCACGCAGGUGAUCUGAGCAGUAUUGUAGCGUAGGUGGUGUGAUGUAAUUGUGUAACGAUUUGUCGAAGUUCCAGCUUUUUAUUGCAUUAGCUAUAUUUUUAUAGAACACACAAUGCCAAAAUGUGCAUUUUCAUAUUAAGUUAUCAGUGAAUUUUAUCACAAAGCGUCGCUCGUCUUUAUAAAUAAAUAAAAAUGUCUGUUUUCAAAUUCC